GUUGAACUUAGCUAUAAAAAUCUAGAAAUUUAGAAAUUGUGUUAGAUUUAGAAUUUGAGUUAAAAUUCGAAUUUAUGACUUUACAAGUAGUUAUUUUAGUGAGAGUACUAGAAAAGGAAAAAACCCUAGAGAGAGAACGUCUAGAGAGAUUGUGUAUGACUGUGGCGGUGCCGCCCCGUCAGCGAGGCCACUCCUCCUCCGUUGAAUCCUUGGUCUGGACACUCCUUUGCUGAAGUACUUACGAAUAAAGCCAAUGGAGAUCUUUCUGCCAAUACGCCUUCAAAACAUAAAGGAAUGCCUGCUAUUAGCUUCACUGAUAACGAUAUUCAGAUCUUGGCAGACAAGCAUAGACUUUCCUUAAUUGGGUACUUUUAUCGGGGAAGACCAUCUUUGGAGAUCAUUAGGAAGUCUUUUGAAAUAAUUGGAUUUAAAGGAGCGUUUCAAUUGGGUGUUUUGGAAAAGAAACACAUCUUGAUUCGUUUUGACUCGGAGGAAGACUACAUGCGAUGUUGGAACCGUCAAAGUUGGAUAAUUCAAGGACAUGUGAUGAGGGUGACCAAAUGGACUCCGGAUUUUCGACCAAAUGUUGAAUCUCCGGUGGUUCCGGUUUGGAUCUUGUUAGAAGGAUUGUCAGUGCACCUCCAUGACAAGAGGGCACUUUUUGAUAUUGCUGGAUUGAUAGGCAGACCUAUUAAAAUUGACACUGCAACUGCCAAUUUAUCUCGGCUAGGGUUGGACUCGGGUCCGGGCCGGGUCCAGGUCAGGCCUAGGCCCGGGCGGGCCGGCGGGUCAGAAAUGGUGGACCCGGGACCGGCCCGGGUAACCACCGGGUCCGAUCCGGGUCCGGGCCAGGCCCAUUAUAAAUUUUUUUUUUUGUUUUCCUCUUCCUAAGUAACCCC